UUCUCCGCGAUUCUGUCACCCAGCUUCACAACACGGUACAGUGGAACACAGUCCUCUGGCUGUAGAGGCAACUAAGCAGAGUGUGAUUAGUCUACCGUGAUAGCUUCAGUUUUUGGUCUUAAAAAACCCAUCUAUCACCGAUCAUGGACGCUGGUGUAAAAAUCUGACUUCCUAUUCUCCUCCCUUAUAUUGGGGGGUUUUAUAGCAACAAACACUGGAUCCAAGCUGGAUUUAUUUGGAAUUAUAACACAUUUCGCAGGGGCAAUACCAUUCAUGUCAAUACUCCAAAAUGCAACCACCGCCGAGGAAGGUCAAAGUGACGCAGGAGUUGAAGAACACGCACACAGACCAGAUGACCAGGCUGCACUUCAAACACCAGACAGAGUGCGACCUGCUCGAUGAUAUGAGGAGUUACACUCUGAAGAAAGGACAGCUGGAGAGAGACUAUGCCCAGGCUCUGCAAAAGUUGGCGAGUCAGUACCUGAAGAGAGAUUGGCCAGGAAUCAACCCUGAUGAUCAGAGAACUGACUACAGGAAUGUGUAUGUGGUGUGGAGGUCCUACUUGGAGGGUACGGUGCAGGUGAGCCAGUCCAGACUCAAUGUUUGCGACAACUACAAGGGUCAGGUCUCGGACCCGGCCAAGACCCUGCGGCUCUACAAGGAGCAGCAGCUCAAGAAGACCAUGGAGCAGCUGAACGGCAUACAGGCAGAGCUGCAGGAGUCAGCGAAGGAGCUGGCCAAGGCCAAGAAGAAGUACUACGACUGUGAGCAGGUGGCUCACGCCGUGCGGGAGAAGGCCGACAUAGAGGCCAAGUCCAAGUUGGGUUUGUUUCAGUCGCGAAUUAGUUUACAGAAAGCGAGUGUGAAGUUGAAAGCCAAAAGGAGUGACUGUAACUCCAAGGCGACCCAGGCCAGGAACGACUACUUGCUGACCCUGGCGGCUGCCAACGCCCACCAUGACCGCUACUACCACACAGACCUGCUGUACGGCAUCCAGGCUCUCGACGGGGGGGUCUUCGAGCACGCGAAGGACUACCUGGUGGCUCUGUGUCGCACCGAGCUGGAGACCUUCACGGCCACACACAACACCUACCAGUUCCUCCUUGACAAGUCCACCAGGGUAAUACAGGAGUUCAACCAGCAAUUAUUCAUGCAGGAGAACCCUGUGUUUCACAAAGCACAUGACUUCCAGUUCCAGCCCAGCGACUGUGACGUAAGCCGGCAGUUGGAGUCUGAGACAGGGACGACGGAGGAACACAGCCUGAAUAAGGAAGCCAGGAAGUGGGCGACCCGAGCAGCCAGGGAGCACAAGAACAUCAUCCACUACAAGAGGUCCCUGGAGGAGUGUGAAAGCCACGGUCUGCCCUCCACAGAGCAAGGCAGACUAGACCUGGAGCUGAAGAUAGAAGACACCAAAGAAUGCAUACGGAAAGCUGAGACCAUCAAAUUGAAAGCUGAGGCGCGCUUGGACCUGUUAAGACAAGUGGGCGUUUCCGUGGAUACCUGGCUGAAGAGUGCCAUGAACCAGGUAAUGGAGGAGCUGGAGAAUGAACGCUGGGCUAACUACAAUUCCAUUGAUCCCUCACUCUCGGGCCCGGUGGAGCUGGACCGGGAGGAAGGGGAGGAGUGUGAGGAGAACAUGGAGGUGUUUGACGACAGCAGCUCUAGCCCCUCUGGAACGCUACGCAACUACCCACUCACCUGCAAGGUCCUGUACUCCUACAAGGCAUCCCAGCCUGAUGAGUUGACCAUAGAUGAACAAGAGAUGUUGGAGGUCAUUGAGGACGGUGACAUGGAGGACUGGGUUAAGGCCCGCAACAAGACGGGGCAGGUGGGCUACGUCCCGGAGAAGUACCUGCAGUUCCCCACCUCCAACAGCCUGCUGAGCAUGCUGCAGUCCCUGAGCGCCCUGGACGCCCGCUCACACACCUCCUCCAACUCCACCGAGCCCGAGCUGCACGCCGGGGGCAUCAAUGGAGAGAGCCACAAUGUGUAUGUGCGUGCUCUGUACGACUAUGAUGGCCAGGCGGAGGAGGAGCUGUCCUUCGUGGAGGGAGCGGUCAUCCGUCUCCUGAGCCGCGACAUGCAGACGGACGACGGCUUCUGGGAGGGCGAGCUCAACGGGAGGGUGGGGGUGUUGCCCUCCGUGCUGGUGGAGGACCUGGCGAGAACGGAGAGCCAGGAGGAGGAGGAGGCGGAGGAGUUGGAGGAGUUGGAGGAGGAGGAGGAGGAGGAGGAGGUGGAGGAGGAGGAGAGGGACGACAGCGGACACGCCGCAGGUGUCCCUCUCUGUGAGAUGAUGUCGUCGCUGCCCCCCCUGCCCCUGUACGACCAGCCUCCCAUCAGCCCCUUCACCAGCACCGAGAGCGCCGCCACCACGCCGCCGCCCCUCCCCGCUGCCUCGGCCCCCGCGGUCAACGGGGACCACAAGCCCCCGCUCCCCGCACUCAAGGGCCCACCCGUCACCCACAAUCACAACUCUGGCAGGAGUCCCGUGUCUCCAGGCUUUCCUCAGCCUCUCCGCUUCACCCCUGACGGAGGACCGGGCAAACUACGGCCUGUGCGUGCCGCCCCCCCUCCUCCAAAACAGCACCCCCGCAGAAAGCCGGAGAAAAGCAGCAAAUCUGAGGAGGUGGAGAUCACACUUGUGUGACUGACAAAACAGACGGAUGGAUAGAAGGACAGAUAUACAGAAAGAGAGAGAGAGAGAGAGAGAGAGAGAGAGAGGAGAGAGAGAGAGAGAGACACGUCCCCUAAAGGCUCUGGAACUCACCUGCCCUUAUCCUCACAAGAAAAAACUAAAAAGGGGAACGAACCCACCUCACCGCCAUGCUCCUCCUCAUCCUGGCGAUGAAGAGGAGGAGGGACAGGGGAAUAAAGCCGGGGUGGAGGAAGGGGACCGCUGGCUCCGCCUCCCAAAGAGGGUGGAGGUCAACCCCACCAUCUCCACCGCCCACCUCCUACUCGCCUUAAAGCCUGGUUUCAUCCGGCAGCCAUCUUGGAAGAAGGAGCUCUGCUGGAGAUGGGCUAGGAGCAGGGGGCGAGGCGAGGAGGCUCGCCACUAAACGCUUACCGGGCACAGCAGCAAGGGGGACCCACUAGGCCAACGUAUUAAAGAGACACUGUAUGUCAACGACCUGCCGGGCAAGGUUAUCCUGCUGUCGUCAAUCAACCUUUAUUUAUUCAGAGGGGGGUGAACAAAACACCCAGUGAAUAAAUCAAGGUUGUCUUUCCAUGAAGAAAUGAACGUGGAGAAAAAAAAAAGAAAAGUGUUUUUAAAUAAUAACAAUUGCAGACAUGGCAUGUUUGCA